AUGGGUCGUGUCAAAGUAUCUUUAGAGAAGAAAACUGAAAUUAAAGCUUUGGUGGAAGCUGGAUUUACUCAACGUGAUAUUGCCGAGAAACUUGGUGUGUCAAAAACAUGUGUUUUUGGUGUAGCAAAAAAAUUAAAACGAAAUUUACCUUUAUCAAAUUUACCUGGACAAGGACGCAAAAAAGCAUCAACAGCAAUUGAUGAUCGAAACUUAUUACGUUUAUGUAAAAAAGAUCGAACAAAAUCCAGCCAAUUACUAUCAUCUGAGCUAGUGCUUUCAAAUGGUAAACGAUUGAGUGCUCAAACAAUUCGUCGUCGACUUGUUGAUAUGGGGUACAAAAGUUACACAGCAAAGCGAAAGCCCUAUCGAAAACCUUCACAACGAAAACAACGGCUCUCCUUUGCUCGACAACAUCAAUAUUGGAUGAAGGAAUGGAAUAAUAUCAUCUGGAGCGAUGAAGCACAUUUUGAAGUACUUAAUCGUAAAAAUCGUACAUUCGUUCGACGUUUACAAAUUGAAAGUAAUGAACCAUUUAAUUUUCUUCCAAAGGUACAAGGUGGUGGUGGUAGUGUUAGUGGUAAUGUUAAUGGUCCCGCUUAUAUUAAGAUAAUUGAAGAAGCGUUACCAAUGUUCAUUGAAAAUACAUUUGAUCCAACAAACAAAGAAUGGGCUUUUAUGCAGGAUAAUGCACCACCACACAAGUCGGCAUGUUCUAUGAAAUGGUUCAAAGAUAAUAAUAUUAACAUAUUUAAAUGGCCGGCGACAUCACCCGAUCUUAAUCCCAUUGAAAAUAUUUGGGAUCACAUUGACAAAGAAUUACAAAAAAUGAAACCCACGAAUGUUACCCAAUUGCAGGAAAUGAUUCAAGAUAUUUGGCUUGGUGUAACACCUAUGUAUUGUCAAAAACUAGUCAAUUCCAUGCCAAAUCGUAUAAAACAAUGUAUCAAAUCUCGUGGUGGUACAUUCAACAAAUAUUAA